GCCGGGUCGGAUCAGAGCCGCGUCCGGGAGAGCCGAGAGCGAGGGGCAGGCGAAGGCCGCAGUUCCUUGUGCUGCUAUUCGAUCUAGAGCAAGAUGGCAGACACCAGUCGACUGCAACGGAAGAUGUCACGGGCCGGGGAGAGCCUAUACCAUGUCCUGGGACUAGAAAAGGGGGCUUCUUCCGAAGACAUCAAGAAAGCAUACAGGAAACUGGCUUUGAAAUACCACCCAGACAAGAACCCGGAUAAUCCGGAAGCCGCAGAGAAGUUCAAGGAGAUUAACAAUGCCAACACGACCCUCAGCGAUGAGAACAAACGACGAAUAUACGACGAAUAUGGCUCAAUGGGGCUCUACGUGGCCGAGCAGUUUGGGGAGGAUAGCGUCAAGUACUACUUCCUCAUGUCCAAGUGGUGGUUCAAGCCACUGACCGUGUGCUGCAGCCUCCUUACCUGCUGUUGCUGCUGCUGCUGUUGCUGCUUCUGUUGUGGGAAGUGCCGCCCGCCUGAAGACGAGGACUCGUACAAGCACGUCAACCCUGAAGACCUGGAAGCCCAGAUCCGUGCUGAAGAUGAAGGUGGUGCUAUCCGUAUGCAGCCUACCUCCGGUGCCACAUUGCACAACACAAACGAGACUCAGGCCCGCAAGCCAUGACUCUAGUUGUUGCCAGUCGCAGUAUAGCCUCCACCUUCUGCAGCCAUUCCGGAGACGACGCCCCCCUCCCCCCAUAGGCUUGGAUUGCUGAACGGGCGCCUAUCUUCAGUACCUUUGGACUCUGGGCAGAGAGGCCCCUCCUUGGAACCGAGAGGUCCUGAGGCCUGACCCCCCCACACACACACAUAUAGGGGGCACCCACGCUCUUGCCCCACUGCUGUACCAUGGUGUCAAUCUCAGGGAACACGGCCAAGGACUUGCUCAGACCUUGCAAGACACCUUGCUUUGAAGGAGCAGAGCUUCGCCUCCGCAUCGGAGAAAGAUGACUGGCUAUUGAAGCAGCCAAUUAUGGCCUGUCGUUCCCAGCAACAGGCCAGUUCCUUUGUGCCAUGCUGGAAGGCGCUUGGUCAGCCCUUCUCCAGUUCAGAAGGAUGGUAGAGGUGGGGAGUAUCUCUAGCCACCAUCCCCUCCAGCAUCCCCAGCCAGAUUUUGCUCCUGCCCCUGGCUGUGAUACCAUGCCGUCCAUUGGCGUUGACCAGUGGAAACCCAGCUCAUGGUGGGGGAAGGGAGCUGUGGUCUCUCCCUGGCUGUGGGACCAGGAGGGGCAACCUGCCCCUGCCAUGACCACUUCCUGGCCACCAGCAUGGCCCUCUUUUGUCCUGUGCAUUGGUGCCAAACUGGACUCAAGGCUGGCACAUGAAGCACAGCAGGGCACAGCAUCACUGCCAGGUGAGAUCAGAGGCUCGCUGCCUCUCAAGGACCUCUGGUCCAGUCACUGGCUUUGAUCGCUGUGCAGGAGCUUGGGCAUUCCCAGCUCCCUUUUUUCUCCCUGCUUCGGUGGGGUAGCCCUGGAGAGGAAGGGCUGUUUUUUCACACUGAUGAGCGUUUUUGUUAGGGUUUUAUCAGCACAAUUAAAGGGUUUCAUAAGGAAGGAAGGAGCAGCUCUUCUGCUUUGUCUGUCUUCAGCAUGAGGAGCGGUUCCUGCAGACCCUGGGAGGGAGGGGAGGCAGUGUGGUGCAUAAGCAGGUGACCAGGGGUCUCAGGCAGGAGGUGAGCGGCUGUCUGCUUUUUGCAGUCAGCAGCCAUCUGCUUGUGCCUCCAGGGCCUGCCUCUCCUCUGGGCUUCCGAAAUUUUUGGUGUGCCUGGGGUUUUUUUUUGUGGACAGGGGAUGGACAAGACUGGCUUGGUGAUUUCUACUGCACAGCUGAAACAGCUUCUUGGUGCAGUUGUGCAACUGCCCACCAGGUGGCGAACUGAUCUCUUUGUCCUCCUGUCCUGUGUAAAUGAGUUCCCUCGCCAAGCUCCCAGAAAUCCCGGAAAUGCAGGAGCUCCCGAGUCAGUACAAGAGGCAGGCCAGUUUUUUUAGUUAUUACUCUGUUAGGACAGCACAGCCUCUUUGUUACUACGAUGAAAGGUGCAUGCUAGAAUAAGCGAUGGUCUGUGGGGGGUCGGGAACCUGUGUGUCCUGGAGAACCUGGGCAGGUCAGAUCUCUUGGCAUCCCAUCUAGUUGUCUUUGCAUGAUGGACAGAGAUGGGGCAGGGUUUGCUAGCUUUCACCUCUGGCUUCCUGCCCUAGGAACCAGCGUGCUUGACUCAGGUUGUUUUCAGCCAAGCCUAACAAGUGGAAGAGACCAUUAACACUUCAUUGUAUUUUAUAGUGGGAGCAAUAAACAGAUGGCCAUUUCAA